AUGUUCCCCUCCAUCAACUCAAUCAAGAAGCCCAAGAAGAGUUUCAAUCUGCUGCAUCUUGAGACACAAGAACAAUAUUUCCUCUCCCUCAAAGUGGCACUAAUACCCAGUGCGAGAAGUGAUGAGUAACAUAUUUGUAUAUAUGUCGAUUCCCAAUUCAGAAUUCGAGGCAAAUUGCAUCUCUGUUCACGUUCAUUGGUUUUCGAGCCCAAAUCAUCCUAGUUGCCAUUAAUGAAAAUGAAGUACAGCAAUGGACUCUUUAUGAAAGUCCUCAAAAAUUUCGAACCCAAAUCACUUGGUCUUCUACUCAGCAUUCGUUGGGGCCAUCAAUUAAUGCAGGAGGAUAUAGAUCAACUCGAUUUAGCAUCAAUUUUAAAUUAAUAGAAGGGAGAAUAAGUUUCUACUAUUAUUGAUUACUAAAUUAGAAAUCGAAUGAACUCUUAGAAAAGCUAUACAAUAGAAACCGCAAGAACACUCAAUAAACCUUAUGCAACUGCUUCUUCAUCAAAGUCGACAAACUCUUCAUCGUUAAUCGCAAUCCCAUAAGUCCAUACAUCACAGAAACUGUAAAAAACAAUACCCUAUUCUCUCUACAUAGUGCGAUGAUAACAUAGUGUUCACCAUCUCCAAAUCCAAUUCCAAACAGAUCCUUAUCCGAUUCCUCAAAUUGUACCAGGGAAUCAAUUAAGCCGAAGACGAAUUCACAUUCAUUAAUCAAACAAUCCAACAAACCUUGAAUGAUAGUCUAGUAGAACACAAACAAAAUGUUGGAUCUGAAGGCCACAAAAUAGAGUUUGUUCAUAAAGGUAAGUGUAUUUUUUCAAAUGAUUAGUCAAACUUAUCAAACCGGAAGGAGCAAUCUUUGGACUAUUCAGUAUUCAAAGAGAAGAAAUCUUGCAAUUCAUCCCUUUGAUUAAUUCACCAUCAGGCAAAAUCCUAUAAUUCAUGUUCACUGAUAUCAAAUAUUUUCUCAAGUAUAGGUAUAUGUUUAAAAACAAUGGAAUCGAAUUCUGGAUGUACAAUAAAAAGAGGUCCUACCUUUUUGUCUUUGAUGAUCAAACUACGUAAGAAUCUGUGUUUAAAUACUUCCAGAAAAAAGCAUCAAAGCAUUGUCUUUCAGCCUUGACUAAAGAGAAAAUCGCCGAAGAAUGGACUAAUGGUAACAUGUCUAAUUUUGAUUAUUUGAUGGCCUUAAACACUCUAGCCAAUAGAAGUUUUAAUGAUCUCUCUGCCUAUCCAGUAUUCCCAUGGGUCAUUGCUGAAUACAAUGAGAAAGACUUUAAUGUUAACUCUCCCACUUUUUUUCGGGAUCUGUCCAAACCCAUGGGUGCCCUCAAUAAACAUAGACUCUAAAAAUAUAAAGUAAUCUCAUUGUAAUCAUCAAAUAGGCAUUCUAUAAAGAUCAAUUGAAGGAUAAAAAGCAGGAUCCCAAACCAUAUCUGUACCCUACACAUUAUUCCAGUCCCGGAACUGUUGUUUACUAUAUGAUCAGAAAGAUCCCUGAAUUUGUAAUUAAACUAUAAAAUGGAGUCUUUGGACCCACCGACAGAAUAUUCAGAGGCAUCGAUUCUACUUGGUUCACCACUCUCAAUCUCCAUGCUGAUUCUAAAGAACUUAUACCAGAGUAUUUGAAUUAUUGAUAUCUAAGAUUUUAUGGAUUGGAUAGUGACUUUUUAGUUAAUUGCGAUAAAUUAGAGUUGGGCAUAACUUAGGAUGGGGAAGUGAUUGAUGAUGCAGUCAUCCCUCCAUGGGCAGAUAAUGCUCCAGACUUCUUAGCCAAAAUGAGGAUUGCCUUGGAGAGUCCAUAUGUUUAAGCCAAUCUCCCUUAGUGGAUUGAUUUGAUUUUUGGAAACAAGGCUUCUGGAAAUGAAGCACUUUAAAAUGAUAAUCUAUUCUAUCCUUACACUUAUGCCGAGAAUGUGAAUUGGGACAAAUGCAAAACUGACAUUGAAAGGUAGGCUCUAGAGAUCUAAGUGACUGAGUUUGGUUAAGUGCCUUUGUAAUUGUUCUAAUCAGCUCAUCCACAAAGAAAGUUGAAAAUCUAAGGGAAUUUAAAGUAAUUGGAAGAUGAAAAGAGGGAGCUAAAAUAAUAAAAUUAAAAUUUAUAAAACAAAAUUUAAAAAUUAACUCAGUAAAUUUAAGAGAGUUAAGAUAACGACUAGGUUUUACAAUUGCAAGCCUAAUUGGCUGCUCUCUAAUGGGAAAAUGAGAAAUUGAAAUUUAAUCUUGAAACUUUUAAAUAAGAAAUGAUGACAAACAAGGAGGUUAUUCAAACAUUUAAUUCACAAUUCGAUUAAGAGGAGUUUGAUAAGAAUGGAUUUGAUUUUCUUAAUGACGAUAGCCUCUUAGACAGUUCUAAAAAACCCAUUUCAUGA